AUGACGCAGAUUGCUUUCCCUGCCGAUUUGCUUCGACAACUUCAGGAGAACGUGUUUUUUGAUCUUGGAGCCAUCGAAGAUAUCCGAGCAGCGAUGCAGGAAAUCAGCGAUCGACUUAACCAUCGUACAGGAAUUCUAGGCCAAGCUGUGCAAUCCUUGGACUCAGGUCACCGUCAGGUCUUUGAAGGGUGCGUUACUGUUGAAAAUCAGUUGGAAGAAUUCAAGCGGAUUUUGAGGGCCCAGCAGACCGUGAUUGAGGAGCAAGCUUCGACAUGGACCAGGGAGAUGGCUGCAAUGAGAGAUCGUUUGGAAGACAACCAGGCGGUAAUCAAUCAACAGCUUGUCGUGAUAGAUCAGGCGAAGCAGCGCGAAGCCCUGCUAUUGGCCAAGGUGGAAUCCAUGGCUGGACGUCUGAAUGAGAUGGAAACCAUGCUGUCCAGUAUGAGUGCGAGUGUGAACGAACACAAGGGCCGGCUAAGCACUCAUGAAACUUACAUUUCAGCAGCUGUAAGUUCGCAGGCUACAGGGUCUCAAGAGGGCGAUGCUGGUGCUGCCGAGGGUGAUUUGGCAGUCCAAGUUCGCAUGUUGGCCGAGAGGGUGGAUCAAGAGCUGGCACAGAUUGCUCGUGGGGACGCUCACGAUGCAGAGGCUGGAUCUUUGAAGGACCUGAAUGCGGCUGUAGACCAGCUUGACGAACGGGUAACGGCACUGGAGACAAGCAUGGAAGAGUGGGAAAAUGCGGAUUGUGAGGAUGAUCAACGUCCUUGUGAGUCUGAAGCGCAUGUGGGCGGAAUGCCCCAGCGAUUUGACUUGACACCGAAUUUGCAGGACACUCCUACGUGGGGAAAUCAAGAGCCUGCAGAUGAACAGGAACCAGAUGCUACCGCUAUGUGGUGGCAGCAACCUUUCGAGUUUUCAUCAACAGAGCAUAGUGCGAAUGUAUCCAUUGGAAGGCCAACGCAGAAUGUCUGGGGAAUUAGUGAUCCUCCUGGUUUGCCAGCGUACCUCCGAGCUCCAAAUGUGGUCGCAGACAACGCUGCGGAUCCUGGGCAGGGGAAUGUUGCACCAGUGCCAGCCGCUCCGCCUCCAAAAGCUAAAGCUGUGAGGAAGAGUCCCCCGGUGGUUCCCAAGGGUGGAUACGGCCAGGCUAAUAAGGCAACGCCCGGCCUGCAUGCAGAUCACGAUUUCGUCCUGGUAGACUCCGGAGCGAACGAAGUGUUGCGACCAGGCGAGCCCCCGCGGAGGGGGUGUGAAACAUCAUUGCAAUUGGCCGAUGGCAUGAGAAUCAAAGCGUUUAGAAGCCGGGAAGGGGAGUUGGUGAUUCCUGGCGCCACAUGGAUCUGUGGUCUGAGUCGUUUGGUCUCGUUAGGAUACAAGUUCGUGUGGAGCCGAGCCCGAGGUCCCUACCUUCAGACCGAUGAUGAUUUCCCGGGUGAGAUUAGAACCAUCAAUCUAAUCGUCAUGAACGGUUUGCCUUAUGUCCGGUGGGAGGACUUCGUUGAGGUUCGAAGAUACUUGACUCAGCAGUACAAGCAGUGCAAUCGCAAGGUUUGCAGUGUGACGGUUCCCAUGUGUCCCGAAGCCUCAAGCAUUCUUGACAUUGAAGAAGUCAUGGCGCAUGUGGCAGAUGAUCUAGAGUGCUGUGAAGCUAGCUUGGUUGCUGUGGAGCCAGCAACAGACCAUGACGAAUCAAAAGAGAGCCAGUUUGAUGCGGUCUUGGAUGAGCUUCAUAGGGCUAAGUUGCGCGUAAAGGGCAGUCACAGGCCAAACGUUACGAAGCCAGAGUCCCAAGGUCAUGCAUGGGCUUUUGGUUUGUUUGGCCGAGGUGGAAUGUGUGGAACCACGCGCCUUACAAAGCAGCAUGUGCAGCUUGUGCAGAGAGUGAAUCGCUUGAUUAGGACUGUUCACCCUGAGGCUAGAUACACCUCAUUCAUGAUCAUGGAAAACACUGCUUUUCGGCCUCACAAAGACAGUCGAAACAUGCCUGGCUCACAGAAUUAUGUGUUAGGUCUCACGGCAUACGAUGGCGGAGAGGUUUGGGUAGCUGAUCCAAAACUUGAGCGGUCCAAGGCAGUGUGGCGAAAGACGCAUGAUGACAAGCCUCCUGCGAAGGGUCGUUUGUUGAGCACAAGCCGUACGAUUGCUGAGUUCGACCCGUUUCAAAUGCAUGGCACAGAGCCUUUCCGAGGGCACAGAAUUGUGGUGACGGCGUUCACGCCGGCAGCUGGACAGCAGACCUCAGAGCGCAUGCGUGCUCAUUUGGAGGGUUUAGGCUUUCCAAUCCAUGAUAGACACGACGACGACGGAACACGACGUGUAGAGAUCAACACGCCGCUGGAGAAUGCCUUGGGAGUUCAGGGUGUUCAGGGAGUUCAGGGAAGCUUAGGCGAUGACCAGGGUGUUCAGGAUUGCUUUCAGGGUUUACCUUAUUUCGGUGAAGUCGUAGAAGUGAGCGAUGGAGAGCUGUCAGAAGACUUGUUUCCUGAGCUCGCGCACUCAACGAAGCAAAGAGCCGAUGAGCAGCGACCUGAUUGCGAAGAUAAUUUGGAUGUGUAUGAGCCUUCACUUCCUGAGGAGGAGAAGCCUGUUGACCAAGGUCCAGAGUCUUUGCCACCUGAUGCGAUUCCUAAGCCGAAGCCUGGAAGGACAAUAGAUGAUUUGAGAACUCGAGGACUCCGACGACCACACCUUCGUUUGAGUGAAGAGCAGGUUGCAACGGGAGUGAUGUCCAUUGAUCUUGCUGGUCCUUACCGUGAGGGCUAUGAUGGCGCAAGAUACAUGUUGGUUGCAUACAUCAGAGAUUUAGGUCACGAUCUUGGUUUGCUAACCGUCGAGGAGCGCGAAUACGGCCCUGAAGAGGCGAAGGAAGCAGAUUUCUUCCAGGCGGCGAAGUGUGAAGCAGCAUGCAACAAGGCUGUGGAGAGUUCAGCUAAGGAUACUGAGGUCACCAAGUCCAGGGAUAAGAAUCUUGAGUGGCUUGAGGGAAAGACCUGCACCGUUUGUGGGAAAUCUUCCAAGGCAUGCUAUCUUGAGAAGCUGGAUAAGGUGAUGCCAGAGCCAUGUGGAUAUCAGGUUCCUGGAUUUGAUGAAGAAGCAGAGAUGGUUGAGCAAGAGCGUCUAGCCCAGGAGCUCAAGAGCUUUAAGGCAAGCGCGGAACCAUGUGGGAACGAUGUUUUCUUCGGCCCACGUCGCGAGGAUUGGAUUGGAGCGGCACGUAAGGAGCUCGACAACAUGACGGUGCAUCAGAAGGUUUGGAUUGAGGUUCGAAAGGGCCAUAUCCAUGAGGAUUUGGGUCUAGACAGAAGCGUGAAGCUUCCUAAGGCCCUACCGAUGCAACUUGUCAACACCUUGAAGCCUUUGAAUGAAAGCUCUGGACCAAUCGACGAGCCGAAAGUGAGGAUCGUAGCAUGCGGAAAUUUCCAACAUGAUUCUCAGGACAAAGAGGACUUGAGCACGCAGAAUGUGGACAUGUCUGUCUUGAGGACCAUGGCUAAGGAAACUGCUCUAAGGCCAUCGUGGAUCAUGGGAGCAGGUGACAUCAGCGCAGCAUUUUUAAACACCUCCUUGGGUGGUAAAGACUUGGUCAUUCUUGAGCCGCCGGCAGUCCUUAAACGACUGGGUUUGAUUGCGGAAGAUGUUCAGUACGUCCCAAUCAGAGCAAUCUACGGGUUGCGACGGUCCCCUUUGGACUGGAGCCGGGAUCGAGACGGCAAGAUUUCCGGUAAGGUUUUGACCGAUGAUCAAGGAAGGCAGAUCCACUGCGUGCCUAUCGCGCACCAGGACGGUCUGUGGAAGCUGCUAUGUGGUGACACUCUAGUGGGAUUAGUAGCCAUGUAUGUAGAUGAUUGCUUGGUAACGGGCGAACGAUCUGCAGUGGAAGCGUUCUUGCAGUUUAUCCAGGGUUUCAUCGCGAGACAAACGGACGUGCAAGUGAAAUGCAACGAUGAACAAGUGGCACAGAAGCAAGCGCUGAACUUCUUGGGAGUAGAAAUUUCCUUCGAGGGGGAUAAGAUCGUUAUCCAGCAGCGCCGCUGGAUUCUUCAAGAGCUGAAUCGCAGAGGCUGGGUUCAUAUGAAGGGUUCGCAGUCACUUCCUCAGCUGGAGAUGGCCGAGGAUGAAGCACUUGACGAGCAUCAUGCCAAGAAUCUGGCCAAUGCACGGUCAGAAAUUGGAGCUCUGAUGUGGAUUGGAAUUCGGAGUAGACCCGAUGUCCUUGCUGCUGUGUCAAUGGGAGCGAGUGUUAUGCAUCGCCGACCAGAGGCGAUCUGUAAGUUCUGUGUGGGUUUGUGGCGCUAUGUGCGAGGGACCCUUGAUGAGUGCUUGCAGUAUGGACCGGAUGGGAAUCCGGGUGAGAUGACUUUCAUUUCAGAUGCAUCGUUCGCCCCUGAGGGCUCUCGAAGCCGGACAGGUGGCGUGUUGUGUUAUGCAGGCAGUGUGAUACAUUGGUUCUCCUGUCGACAGACAGUCACUGCUUGGUCAGUUUGUGAAGCAGAAACGGAUGCACUGGCUGAGACCUUGUCCCAGGGGAUUCGUCUUACGUAUGUGCUGCAGGAUCUUCUUCAUAAGCCUGUGACGAGGACGCUGACAGGAGAUAACAGUGCGUGGGAUGCCAUGUAUUGGCUCAAGCGCGAUUGA